AGGCCUUCAAUACCAAUGUACCAGUUUAUGAACCAAUCUAUGACAUGGCUUGACGCUCAGAGUUACUGCAGAGCGAGAUUCACUGAUCUGGCCACUGUUAUGACCAUGAAUGAUGUGAGAAGGCUGGUGUCUACAGUGGAUCCUGGAUACAGUGGUUCAGUAUGGAUAGGUCUCCGUGCUGUGGGAGUGAAACGCUGGGUCUGGUCUAUGGGAGAUGGUGCAAUCUCCCAGUACAGUAUGUGGCAUCCAGGAGAACCGAGUGGUGAUGGGGAGUGUGUGAGGAGUUUUAAUGGAAGCUGGUAUGAUGAGAGCUGCAGCACUGUUCUCCCAUUUGUAUGUUUCAAUGAUAGCACUGGUUUUAUUAUUAAUAAGACUGCUAUGACAUGGAGAGAUGCUCAGAGUUACUGCAGACAACAACACACUGAUCUGGCGAGUAUCAGCAGCCCAGAGCAGCAGAAUCUGCUCCCUAUUGAAUCGUCACUCUGGAUCGGUCUGUUUCUGGAUUCUUGGCUGUGGUCGAAUCAGUGGGGCUACUUCUUUAGAUACUGGGCAGCAGAUCAACCAUUACUGAAUUUAGUGUCUAGUAACUGUGCUGGCAUGUCAGCAACUAUGGAAAGGAAAUGGGCUCAAUAUAGUUGUAAUCUAAAGCAGCCUUUUAUCUGCUAUGGAGAUGACAAGCUAAUUAAAAAACAGGUUGUCAGAGUGAAACUGUCCUGUAAUGGAAAAUGCACACUGGGUGAUCCUUCACUACAGUGGGCAAUUCUGAAUGAGAUAAGCAAAAAGCUGAAGAGCAUGGGGCUGGAAAGUGACAGAAAAUUAAGCUGGAGAAAGGGGGAAGAUGGAGAAGUGUUUCAUCAGGAGAGAAAACCGAGAGCAAGUUCAAAUAAUCUAUGUAAUAAGCAGUAAUAUUCUAUUUAUCUAUUUCAACUUUCAAAUAGGUUCAAAUUACAUCAAAGAUUUAUAGUAAAAGUAGAUUGUUUUAAGGAAGUAUUUGUAUUUGUAUUUGUAGUA